AUACAACGAAUUUCGUCUAGACUGUUUCCCACCUAAUAAAAUUAAAUUUAAAUUGUUACAUUGUAACAAAAAUUGCAUUAAUUAUUUUGUUUUUCUCGUUUAAACGUAAAAAAACUAUAAAAGGAACAGAUCAGGAAAUCUAUUCACAAUCGGCUUGAAGACAACACAGACAUUAGGAUCAAUUUCUGCUUUUUAAAUUUAAAUCAAAUCGAGAUAUCAAACAUGUAUAAAGUUGGUUUUUGGAUCUCCUCUGUACUGCUGUGCUUGGCAUCAGUGUCAUAUGCACAAACUUCUAAUUCUCUUAAUUGCACCAACAUUCCUAAUGUCCCAAUAAAACCACAAGAUGCUGAAAUUUCAGCAAUCUUGUCAAGCGCAAAUGAAAAUAUCGUGGUUUGCGACAACAUCAUCCCAUUCCUGAAUCCUUUCAUUGCAAGUCUCAAAUUGACUGGUGUCCAGCAGCAGAUAAAUCAAACUUGCAAGUUAAUAGAUCAUAUUACCGUUCGACUUGAAAUCAUCAACCGAAGACUUGAUUGUGGACUUGUGGCAAGUGUACAAGAAGCUAGAAGUUUGAAUCUAAUGCUGGGAAAUGAUCAAGUUUCAAACAGAGUAUUGAAUGGCGUGAAAACCAGACUUCUUGUUAUCAAAAACCGACUUCAAGUUAUUAUUACACCUCCUGUACCUUGAAGUUCUAUAAAUGUAUUUUUUUGUAAGCACUGUUUGUUUUAAAAGUGAAAAGAAAAAAAAAUCCGU